AAAUAGAUGAGGUGAUAAUAUGACGAUUGCUUGUGCUGAUAAAGGUGACAUAAAAAGCGAAACAAAUGAAAAAUUUCCAAAUUGACUUUUUAGAUUCGACACAGUAACAAUAUAUCUUAUAGAAAAAAGUGAAUAUGAUAGCGCUUUGGAUUUUAGUCAUUUGCAUUGCAGCAAUCGAAUGCAAUGAAAAACGAUUGCACACACCAAUUGUUCAGACAAAUAAGGGCCCAGUUCAGGGUGAAAUUUUGAAAACGAUUAGCAAUGGUCAAAGAUAUUAUUCGUUCAGAGGUAUACCGUACGCAUCUCCACCGGUCGGCAGUCUAAGGUUCAAGCCACCUAUCGAAGCAGAGCCAUGGACUGAUAUUAAGCAGACAGUUGAAGAAGGUUCACCAUGCUUUCAAUUCGGUGAUAGCGAUGUAAUUGGUUCAGAAGAUUGUCUCUUUCUCAAUGUAUUCACUCCUGCGAUUGAUGGCAAGAAUUUGAAAGCAGUCAUAUUUAGUAUACAUGGUGGACAGUUUUUAAUGGGUGGAACUUUCUGGCAUGGUCCUGAUUUUUUUAUUGAAGAAGAUAUAGUGUUUGUGUCAAUAAAUUAUCGCCUAGGACCAUUAGUGCUGGCAAUGCAAUGGGUCAAUAAAAACAUUAAAAACUUUGGAGGAGAUCCGGACCGAGUAAUGAUUUACGGACUGAGUUCUGGCAGCAUGUGUGUUGAUCUUCACAUCGUAUCUGAUUUAUCGAAAGGACUUUUCCAUCGAUCUAUAGCAGAUGGUGGAUUGAUUCUAUUUUCAUGGGGUUUCUCAACACCUAAAGAGGCCAAAGAAAAUGCUUUUGAACUUGGUGCUUUGUUGAAUAACAAUCAAAGCACAAGCAAUGUGGAAGAUAUCAUUUCGAUCUUACAGAAAGCUGACGCCAGCGAAAUCGUUUUGAAAAGCAAUCUACUUCCUCAAUGGCGUCCUUUCAGACCGUCACUGGGAAACGCUACCAUUUCUAAAAACGAUACUAAAUUUUUAACUGAGUGUUACAUCGAUAAGUUUUUAUCUGGCAAUUAUAGUAUGUAUUGGUGAAAUAGCUGCUGACGAAGUUAAGUUAAUCUUGUUGAACAUGUUAAAUUUACAAAAAAAUAAUAAUCAACAAUUAAGUAACUUUAUAAGAAAGUAAUAACAAAAUAUUUACUUCGGUCAUAGGUGUGCAGUCAUUUAAUGCUUUAAAACGUGAGACAUAUGACUAUCCCGAGUGAAAAAUGGCAUUGAAUUUUUCAAUGCGUAGUGUCAAACGGCAUUUAAGCAAUAAAUCGACACCGCAUGGCUAUAGCGAUGUGGUGUAUGCACUCAACGUGCGCACGGACCAUGCGGUCUCGAUUUAUUGCUUAAAUGCCGUUUGACACUACGCAUUGAAAAAUUCAAUGCCAUUUUUCACUCGGGAUGUUAAAAGUUAUGAGCCUUUUCAUCAAUCAUUCUCGAAAACAUCAAAAACGAAACAAAUGCAGAUCAUUACAGCUCCAUAGAGAAGUUUAAGCAACUCAUUGAUGUUCUUUUGAAAGUCAAUUAUUUUGCUGCAACUGACUUGAAACAAAAAAUUAUGACACAAACAGGGACUCCCGAAUUUUAUUACUUGCGCAAUUCUUUUGAUGCAAAAGAAUAUUCACGCCAUCAAGUAGACCUAAAUGUGACAGUAUUGAAUGGAACUGCACAUGGUGACUCGGAAUUGAUAUUUAAAAUACCACUUUACAUUCAAAAUGAUCUGCCAUUAAAAGAUCAUCCAUCUGCACUCAAGACAAUUCAACUCGUACGUCUAUAUGCAAAUUUCUUCCAGAUGGUGAAAACGAUCCAUUGCUGAAUAUCACAUGACCGGUGUCGGGUAGAGAUGGAGAUCAUCUCGAUUUCGGUAAUGAAUUGAUUUUAAAAAACUAUAGAGCCAUUGAUUCCGAAACAAAGAAAUUCGAAGAAAUUGUUUUUGAAAAGAUACAAGGCGGAAGUUGUUGUAAUUCAAAAUGUGAAGUUUAAAAUUGUAACAUAAGUGUAACGAUUUUUUCUUUCAAAUUUUUUCCAAUAAAAACGAAUGAAUUU